GGAUGAUGUUGAGUCAUUUCACUUUUUCUUCAUAAUCUGCAUCUCAGCAUAACUUCAAUCCUUUCUAGCAAAAAUCAUCGGUAUUUCGAUUUCGACACCAUGGGAGGGUUGGUAUUCAAGGAGGAUGGUCUGUCCACGCCGCGAAUGCCCCCAGAAGUUUACCACCACGUCUCCUCUCACGUACUGCGUCUGCUCGAGCCUCACUUCAAAUUCGUUGGAAUCCCUCCCGAAGCUCCCGCGAAGAAAAGUCAUGGGGACAUUGAUGUCUUGGUCGCUGAGCCGCUGAACAUCUCUCGGCCUAUCAUUCGCAGGGAUCUGUCUGACAUCCUGGAAGCACAUAGAUCGAAGAGUAUGGGAAGCUGGUCAAUGUUUCAUUUCGCUCUGCCCUGGCCUGAGCAAUUUGACAACAUUGCGAGCGGCGAUGAAGGGAAAGAUCGGGAAAAGGAACUGUGCAAGGCUAACGAUAAUCCUACACCACAUCCCGAGCCCAAGGCAUCAUAUGCACCGAGUCUGCCAGACCCUGAGAAGAGAUUCUGCCAAGUUGAUAUUCGUAUUUGCCACGAUGAACAAUCUUUCAAAUGGCAUCUAUUCAUCGAAUCUCACGGUGAUCUAUGGAGCAUGCUUGGUGGUAUCAUCCGACAUGCCGGACUGACAUGCGCAAAGGGCCUUGAACUUCGCAUCGAAGAGGUAGAACCUCACAACAAAGUUCAGUCGCGGGUGCAGAUGACCAGUGAUCCCAAGCUGGUCCUUGAUUACCUCGGUCUUGAUACCCAUCAGUACGAGAAGCCUUUCGACACCUUGGAUGAGAUGAUGGCUUACGCGACGACUUGUCGAUUCCAUGAUCCUGGACGUUGGAGAAAUAGGGAUCAGUGGGAGCAGGAACGAAACCGAGGACAGCAAGAUGCUAAAGGCGGUGAUGGCCCCGACAAACAAAAUCUCGGCACAGGACGCAAGCACAAAGACCGUGCAAGGUUCAACAAGCGUCCUGCAUUUCGCUACUGGAUCAACACGUACUUGCCUGCCCACGUACACGACAAGCCUGGCAAGGACGCCCAUCUAACCCGAGACGAGGUCGUUGAGGACGCAAAGAAGUACUUUGGAGGAGAUUUCACGAAAGACUUUGACGACAGGAGAGAGAAAUGGGCGGGACAGGUCAAAGUCGAUGAGUUAUGGAGGGACAUCAGGGAGACCUUACCCAUCAGCGGAACUCAAGUUGGAUAUGUCGUGAGGAGAAUGAAGAGCGACAUCGCUGGGGUUGGAGACGCGGACGCUGCUUCGCUAGCAGAAGUCAGGAAGGCAUUCCAAGAAGACAGGUUCAGUGAUGUUUUGGUCUGGGCGAGAGAUAAUUGGAAAGAGGUCAGAGACCGACAGAAGAAGCUCCAACUUGGGGGGGUAGGUGAACAUUCGGUCAUGAGAAAAUGACAAGAGUUUGGAUUGAUUUCAUGCAAGAUCAUCGAAGCAAAGGGUGUUAUGGGUAUUGAUGAGGCAGGUGUUAUUUCGCAGUCAUGAAAAAGCGUC